AUGAAAAGCCUCGUGAACGUCGCGCUGUACCUCCUCGUGCUCAAUUUCUGCAUCUGUCUGAUAAGCGCCAAGGAGGAAAACAAAAGCCCAAGUGCUCCCCUUGAUGUGGCACAGGAAAAGUCAAAUCUGAGGUACCGCAAUGAGGGUAGCAAACAUGUGGGAAAAAAGAAAGCAGCCAGUGUGACCCCCCAAGAUAGUAACUCCAAAAAGGGGCAGGCGAAUGUUAACAAAGGAGAGAAUGGCAUCCCAGAUUUUGAUGACAGUAAUAUGACCACCGUUGAGGAGGGCCACCAGAGCCUACCGAACGAAGAGGCAAAAGUAAAACCCGAAACGGUGACCGAUAAAAAGGAAAAGGGAGAACGAAAAAAGGGCGGAAAAAAAAGUAGCGGUGGUCAAACGGUUACAAAAAGUGAGACAGAGAGAAGUGAUAGCAGUGGCACGACCGGGAAGAGGAAGAAGGGUUCCAAAAAAGGAGAAUCGCACAAAAAGGAAAAGAAUAAACAAGAAGGUGCAACACCAGAAAAGGAUGUAACCAUGCUGGUAGAUGGAGAGCAGGUAAAUAAGGAAGGCGAUUUUCAUGUGCCAAAUGCAGAACAGGGGGUAGCACACGUCGAUGUGUAUGGCCCCAAUGGAGUAGACUCUUGGGACACGUCGAUCAGUUACGAAAAGAACGAAGCGGAAAGUUUAUACCCACAAGUAACCGAUCAAGAUGGUUUGCCAGUGGAGAUGCCAACCCAUGGGGGGGACGGAACCGCACAGUGGAACAGCCAAAGCGUAGAAGCACCAGGAUACUCGGAUGGCGUAGAACCCGUGAAAGGAGGGGAAGCUUCCCACACUUCGGAUGAUUCCCACAAUUCGGAGGGGGUCCCAAAAGCGGAAGAAGUAGAAGGAAAAAAUGGAAGUGUGAAAAAUGAGACAUCAAAGGGGGAACAAAAAACGCCAAGUGGGAUAGAAGAAUCAAAACAAAAUGGAGCUAACCAGGAUGGAAAUAAAAAGGAAGGCUUCUCAAAAAAAGACCUAAUGAAACUCUUUCAUGAGCAUAUAGACCUUGCGUCUUUAGUAGAAAGCUUUAAGAGUAACGAGAAAUUACAAAAAAUGUCUGAAGAGCUGGUAUCUUUUGCGGUCAAAGCAUAUGAUGGCUUUCUCGUGUUCGUUGAGCAAGUAAAAUUUUUCGCGAACGACGUUGUGCAGAUUAUUCAGAACUUGUGA